UCCGCCAUCAUGAAGGGUUUUGAGUGAAAUCGAACUGACGUUUCACGAAAAUAAGAACAAAAAUGGCAGGGAAUAUUGGAAUGGAGCAGCUUAUUCCAAUAGUGAAUAAGCUGCAAGAUGCAUUUGUCUCUCUUGGCGUCCCGCUGUCUCUCGAUCUCCCUCAAAUUGCUGUCGUAGGAAGCCAAAGCGCCGGUAAAAGCAGCGUUCUGGAAAACUUCGUUGGACGAGACUUCUUGCCCAGAGGAAAUGGAAUUGUUACCAGGAGACCCUUGGUCUUACAGCUUAUCAAUGGUAAAACAGAGUAUGCAGAGUUCUUACACCACAAAGGGAAACCUUUCUCCGAUUUUGAUAUGGUUAGGAAGGAGAUUGAGGCUGAAACCGACAGGAUGACGGGUUCAAAUAAAGGAAUCUCGAAUGUGCCAAUCAACCUGAGAGUUUACUCUCCAAAUGUGCUGAACCUGACAUUGAUAGACUUACCGGGAAUGACUAAGGUGGCUGUAGGUGACCAGCCUGCAGACAUUGAGACCCAGAUCCGUAACAUGCUCAUGGAGUUUAUCACCAAGGACACAUGCCUCAUUCUUGCUGUGUCACCGGCUAACACUGACCUCGCCAACUCUGAUGCUCUUAAAAUUGCUAAGGAAGUUGAUCCUCAAGGGACACGGACAAUUGGUGUCAUCACCAAGCUAGAUUUGAUGGACGAAGGCACAGAUGCUCGGGACAUCUUAGAGAACCGCACAUUACCACUACGGCGAGGUUAUGUUGGAGUUGUCAACAGAAGUCAGAAAGAUAUAGAAGGCAGGAAAGAUAUACGAGCGGCCAUGGCUUCGGAACGUAAAUUUUUCCUCAGUCAUCCAGCUUACAGACAUAUGGCCGAUCGUAUGGGCACACCAUACUUACAGAAAGUGCUUAAUGAACAAUUAACAAAUCACAUUAGAGAUUCCUUACCAGCACUAAGGAACAGACUACAGUCGCAGUUACUAUCCAUGGAGAAGGAAGUUCAAGAAUUUAAAAACUUUCGGCCUGAUGAUCCAGCUCGGAAGACAAAAGCAAUGAUGCAAAUGUGUCAACAGUUUAAUGUGGACUUUGAAAAAAGUAUAGAGGGAUCAGGGUCAGUAAUUAACACCAGAGAGUUGUCAGGGGGAGCCAAAAUCAACCGCAUAUUUCAUGAAAGGUUUCCUUUUGAGUUAGUCAAGAUGGAAUUUGAUGAGCGAGAACUAAGGAGGGAAAUCAGUAUCGCCAUCAGAAAUAUCCAUGCAAUCAGAACGGGCUUGUUUACGCCAGAUAUGGCAUUUGAGGCUAUAGUAAAAAGUCAAAUACAGAAGCUCAUCACCCCUUCAAUUAAGUGUGUGGAUUUGGUGGUUACCGAACUCACUUCAGUCGUCAGACGCAAUACACAACAGAUGGGUCGUUAUCCACGACUUCGUGAGGAGGUGGAGAGAAUAGUGAAUACAAGGAUACGUGAAUGUGAACAGAAGGUCAAAGAUCAGCUUCGGCUAUUGGUCGAGUGUCAACUAGCAUACAUGAAUACUAACCAUGAAGAUUUUAUUGGGUUUGCUAAUGCCCAAAAUAAAACAGAAAACACUCAGAGGAAAAAAGUUGGGAAUCAGGUUAUCCGUAAAGGCUGGCUCACACUCCACAACAUAAGUUUUAUGAAAGGUGGUUCUAAGGAUUUCUGGUUUGUUCUCACAGCUGAGACAUUAUGCUGGUUUAAGGAUGAGGAGGAAACUGACAAGAAAUACAUGCUCCCUUUGGAAGGUCUGAAAGUGCGAGACCAAGAGACAUCGGGAAUUCUCUCCCGCCGACCCACUUUCGCUCUUUUCUCUUCAGAGCAUAGGAAUGUCUAUAAGGACUACAAACAGCUGGAGUUAUCAGCGGAGAGUCAGGAGGAAGUUGACAGCUGGAAGGCUUCAUUCCUCAGGGCAGGUGUUUACCCUGACAGAAGCACUGAGGAAAACAAGGAUUCUGCGGGCAGCAGUGAUAUGGGCUCGAUGGAUCCACAGCUGGAACGACAGGUGGAGACAAUCCGUAAUCUUGUUGACUCCUACAUGAAGAUUGUCAACAAAACCCAGCGAGACCUAGUCCCAAAAACCAUCAUGUACAUGAUUGUCAAUGAAGUGAAGGAGUUUAUUGGAGGUGAAUUAUUGGCUCAUCUGUAUUCAACAGUAGACCAGAGUUCCAUGAUGGAGGAAUCUAAAGAAGAAGCAAAUCGUCGUGAGGAAAUGCUGCGCAUGUAUCACGCAACAAAGGAAGCCCUACAAAUUAUUGGUGACAUUUCUACGACAACUGUGUCCACUCCGUGCCCUCCCCCAGUUGACAGUGAUUGGCUGAAUGUGGAACAGUCCUAUAAUGGACGUCCAAGUUCCCGGCCCUCCUCACCCAAGCCAAGUCGCGCUCCUCCACCACCCCUUCCCAACCGCCCUGGAGGUAAUCAACCAUCAAUUCCCAACCGCCCUGCCCCAAACAUUCCCACACGCCCUGCCCCACAGGCACCGGUGGGUAUGGCCAUCAAUGCAAUGGGAGGUCCUCAACAAGCUGCGGGAACAUUUACUAAUAUGGCUUUCCAGGCUGGUGGAGCCUUUGGACAAGCAGGCAACGUUCCUCCCAUACCUGCCACAAAACCUAGUUUCAGAGGGAGACCUUCCUCCGGUAAUGUACCCAAGAUCCCAGAUCGGCCAAACAUGUCUGGCCGACCAUUCUAAACAUAUAUCUACACAUCGCAGGAGAGGAUAUGGUUACCUUGGAAACAUAGUUUCAGUUCUGUUUCCAUGGUGACUUUGCAUCAUCACAGAGAUGCGUUAAGGUGCAAUACAGUAGCGCCAUCUAUAUAACUAUAGUAUAUAUCAGUAUACUAGUUGAAUGUACUUAGUGACCUGAGUGUAUGGCAGGGUCAAGGUCAUUGUGAUUUAGAAAAAAAAAGUUAGAGAGUGUGAAGGUCACAUAUAAAGCACAAUGUAAGAGUAGCAAUGAUAACACAGUGAAUGUAUACAGAACAAAAUGGACAUGGUCAGCUUGUCAGGGUCAGAGUUUACAGACUUAUCAAAGUACUGGAAAAACAAUGUUGAAGUUGACAGCAUUGCUGGCAAAGUACUCAAGAAUGUUGAACAGAUUGUAGCAAGUUAUGAUCAGAAGUCAUACGUCACUUUUACCUGGCCGUCUACAAGGAAAUGUAAUUGUCAUCAGUCCCAGGAGCAUCACGUCUCAGAAGUAACACAUGUACAUAUUACUGCAUUCUUAGUAAGAAGGUCACAGGUCAUAUGUCUUACUGGUCAGCUACGUUAGGUGACGUCUACGCGACAGGUCACUAAGUGUUAGUAUAUGGUUGAAUGUUCGAUCCUAAUGGAGAAUAGAGAGAAACAAUGUUGGGAUGUGUUGAUUGCUUUAGAUAAAGAAUGUUGACAUCUAAUGACAGUACAAUUGUCUGGUACAAUUGUUUAGUGGUAUAUCAUUUCUCAGAUAAUUGUAAUCAUGUACUUAUAUAGGUAGUAGAGAUUUGUAUAUAUGCACACCUGAGGGAAAAUAUUUUAAAGAUGUAAUGCAUUUCCUGUUUGUUUACACGACUAGUAGUGUACAUGUUAUGUAAUCUUUCAAGGACACCCCACUGUAAUAUGUAGAUACACGAACUCUGUUUAUCAUAUACUUCCCUGUGUAUAAGCAGUAAUAUUAUGGAACUUUAUUGAAAAAAUGAGAAUUACAUUGAGCCAUGCAUUUCGUAAAAUUAAUUCACACUAUAUAUGAUUACGUGUAUCAAUUAUGUGAAAAUUUCCUGCGAGGACGUCAGAUGCAGGACAUCUAGUCACUCUUCUUGGUUUUGGGGCCAAACAUUAUUAAAGAUUAAUGGAUCAACUUCAUAACACUAGAAAAGUAAAACAGGUCAAAGACUAAGGUGUAGUAGUGUGGGUCUGGAUCAGAACAGUGGAUGAUGAACUUUGCAUGGAGUUCUGUUUAUUGUAUGAUCAGAUCCUUCCCAACAGAAAGAACUCUCCAGAUUGGACGUUAUUUUGUACCUCCUAUGGAUCUCCUCCACCUUUUCCCGUAUUAGAACCAGAAAACCUAAUAUCUUUCAUAAGUGAUCUAGUCCAAUCUUUCCCACAUUGUAAAAUUCUUUACAGAUAAAGCCAAAAUGCUGCCAUUGUGAGUCUGGCCUGACCUUGCCUACAUUCUGGGUUGAAUUUUGUACAAAGUGCUUGUGUCCUGGUUCUGGCGUUCUCGCAUGUCUUGCUUGUGUUCUUUAAUAUCUAAUGCCACUGGUUACCAGAAAUGGAGAUUAGUCCAUUAAGUAUCAAAUGGACAGCAGGAAUCCUGGACACUAGAUGUACUUGUUGACCCCGUUAUUUUGGAAUAAAAAAAAUUGUGGUCGAGUGUAGUGAUAGAUAUCUGUACAUGUUCCCUAUAUUUAUUAUGCAAUUAUUGUUACGUAUUGGGUGUAUCACAGCUCACCUUAUCUUGUUUUUUUUUUGUUUUGUCAUAAUUUAUCUGUACACAAAGUCAUAGAAUUUGUAUUCUAAUCAGUAAGCUGUUGGCCAAUCACUCAUAGGAUCAAAUGUUUUAAUUAAAUCACGGGUAGGUCUGGCUUGUUAAUUUGUUUUAAUUUUAUUUUAUUUUAAUCAAUGUAUGAUCAGAAGACAUCUGAUUAACAAACUAAAACUUUCUGUCUGUCCUUUCUUACAUUGUUUUACAAUUUUUUUCUGCCUCCUCCCCCCUUUUUUUUGUGUUUUAAUAAAUCUGAAGUUGGCAUGACGGUAAAUAAUGUUGAUAUUUUGAGAGACAUUUGAGAUUAUCAGACAUCCUACAUCUGGUGUUUGUUGUUGCCAAGGAAGUUGAUUGAACUUGGAUUUACCAUUUCAACAAAGGAAUAAGUUAUCCCCCUUCUAAACAGAUUUGUGGAUCAAACUUUUUGGAAACUUUAUAUUGUUUACCACUCAAUUCAUAGUAAACAAAUAUUGGUCAUCAAUAUCUUCUUUUAAUAUAUGACAUAACAUUAUAAUUCAACAUUCUCAUCGCUAAAAAUCCCACCAGAAUAUCAGUGUCAGACAAUAUGAGCAAGUGUUCAUGUUUAUCGCAAUUCAUAUAAAAAUUAAUUUUCAGUUAUUCUAGAUGUCAGAUUUGAAAAGAUAAUCUUUUCACAUUCAUAAUAACCAAUGAAAAAAAGGUAAAUGAACUACUGUAACCGAUAAAAAAUUUAAUCAAUUGAUUUUGAAGUUUGAAAACAAAACAAGUGUAUGUAUUUAAUUCAUGCAGCAUCUGGGAAAUUAAAUGGUGAUUUUUUAACAUGAAAUGACCACCAAUAUAAUUACGUGGAAUUCCAGUCCCCUUAAAAUCUCGACUGUAGUGACUUUGCAGUGUGAAAUCCAAGCUUCUCUAACACAAAUUCUGUUGGUGCUAGACAUCUGAUAUUUAAAUAAGAAAUAUAAUAUCUAUGCUAUAAGUUUGAAAUUCUAUCCCAAUGAUCUAGGAUUUGACAGGACAGACAAUUAAUGUUCCUUUCCCCACAGUUGAUUCUGAGUGACUUUCAUUGUUUUCAUUUUGUGAUAUGAUCAUACUUUCAGCACAACUUUCUGUACAUUUGUAUAUGAUGUAGAUAAGGUUUUGUAAGACGUUGGUAACAUGUACAUACGAUGAAGAUGCAUUCCAUAUCAUGGAGUUAGAAAGGACAAUAAUCGUAGACUAGUGUAUAUUACCAUUGCCAUGGCAACCCAUAAUUAGUUAUAUGGACAGUUUUGUUACAUUGAAGACGAUGUUGGUUAUUAGCACUACAUCAACAUGACAACCUUAGGGACAUGUUUGUCCUUUCAUCAAAUAACUGUUGCCAUGACAGCAGUAGAAAUGUACAUGCUUGUUGUAGAAAGUUUUGUUGUGUCGCUGUCUGAAUGUCUGUUUAUCUAAGUUUGUAGCAUGAAAGAUUCAUGUUAGUCAUGUCAAGAAAUUGUAAAGUUUGUGAAAUGAAUUUGUGAAAGUUUAAACAAAAUUUUACUUUGCCAGCAGCAAAUAAAGAAGAAAUCAUGUAAUGUU